AUGUUUCAACUCGCUAAGGAAAUACCUCAGUCUUUUGUCAGCAGUCGAUGGUGGGAACAUGAGUCCCAAAGCUUGUUAUCGGGGUAUGAUGUCCAGACUAUUAGGCAAUCACUCCGCUGGGGCCUCUUCGACAACCAGGAAGUCCCAAGACAAGCCCUACUUGCACGAGACGAAUCUGUAAUUAAUCAAUGCCUCGUCAUAUCAGAUCUACAAUUGAAUCAUUAUCUUCUCUCGUUUCAACAAAAAGUUGAGGAGAUCCUCCGACGAUCAAAAACGCCUUACUUCCAACCAACCUCCCAGCGUUGGUUCCUACAACCACUCGGCUAUGAUCACUCAGAUAAGAAAAUCGCUAGUGAAAUUGAGGUUGGGAGUCGUUUCUACUUUAACCAAAUCUCUUUCGAAGAUCUGGUACGUGCCUCACUCGGGCAUCCUGCACCGUCGGUAGAGUGGUUUCUACAGCAGCAUACCACUCUCUAUUUUCUUCUCAAACAACAUCUAUGUGCUAAGCCCGAGGAUGCCCAGCUAUAUGCAAAAGUAGAAAAGCAUCUUAGAGAUAGGUGUCCAUUCGGGCACCGCGCUUUAGUGCAGUGUCUCCUUGAUGUCGGAUGCAGUACGGGUGGCAUGUCUCCAUCAACAACUCCAGGCUUCCAAUUCUUAGCGGGGCCAAUACAGUGCCUGUUCCAGCACCCCUUCGACUUCAACCGUCCCCUGUCCAAGAUUUUUGAAAUCCUAAACGUGCUAGCCGUUCGAUUUCAGCAGCAAUACAAUAGUUCGAAGGAAAUUAACUGGCACCUCCCUUUUUGUACCGAUGUACUAUUCUUUGAAUAUCUUACCUCAGAAUCUGCUGAAGACCAUGCGCGCGAUCUAACGAUGAAGAAUUCGCGAGACCUCACAAAUCUAUUGACACAGGACUUGGAAUGGGUUGACAUAGUGAAGAGCCUCGUCACAAAUUGGAAUGACUUGAGUUUCUCGGUAUGGGAAUGCUGCUCUGGCCUUCCGGAGCUAAUUCCAUAUAUACAGAAAUGCGCAAAGGCUCUAUAUGUGGAGAGAAAUUAUCACUCGAUGACGGCUAUCUUAGACGGACUUCGCGAAUACAAUUUAUCGAGAGGGCAGUCGAAUUGCCCAUCUAGUCUUUAUUCUUUCAUGGAUCCGACGGAUAAUUACAAAAAUUACCUUGUGCGAUAUUAUAGCCUGGAUGGCGGCAUCCCAUUCAUAUUUGCUCACAGUGAGUACGAGCUACAUGGCACGACUGGGCCCCUAUCACUCCGCAAUUUCCUGCAAAGCACUCUGCCGAUUGAUCAGAUAAAUGAGCAUCGGUGA